CAGGGAGAACAACAGAGCAGGGUUGGAGCCCAUUGAAAACGCAAAGGAACCGGACAGGCAGAACCGGGUUAUUCAGGGUGGGAUUAGAGCAGAGCACGGGGUGACCGUAUCGUGACGGCUGGAAAACACAAGAAUCUCGUGGUAGCAGAGAGCCAAGGGACAGGCAGCACAUCAAACAGGCCGUGGGGAGGGAGGCAGUGCGGGGAGAGCCGGGGAUGGAGGCUCAGGCUCCCCGUGCCCGGCUCCAGGAAUGUCCCGGUUCCCCUCGUGAUUGGCUGCGGGAUGGUGGAGUCAGUUUUCACGGGGGCUGAUCAAAAAGUUCCCUUUUGCUUUCCAAAGUCUCUGUCUGAGCGGAGCCAUCGGGAAGAGGAGGCCGGGCGCUCUCACAUUCCUGGGGAAAACUGCUCCGAGGAGAUGAGAAGGCUCCUCUCCCCAAGGAUACACGGCCAGGACCAGGCGCCGAGGGGCCGCUUUCCUUCUUUUCUCCCCCGGGCCGAGCGCAGCAGCUCUCAUUCCUGGCAUGCGGCUCAUCCCUCAGGAUACCAUGUCCCAGUAUUCCACUAACUUCCUCCUGCUGCCCAUCCCGGAGUACCCCGUGGGUGACCUUGUGCCCAACAAGAUCAUCAAGCUCGUGGUGCUGGGAGGCAGCAGCGUCGGCAAGACAGCCCUGGUUGUGCGUUUUCUCACCAAGAGAUUUAUUGGGGACUAUGAAGCCAACACUGGUGCUCUGUAUUCCAGGAAGUUCACCAUAGAUGGGGAGCAGAUCUCUCUGCAGGUGCAGGACACUCCCUUUGUCUCACUGGAGGAUGACACUGACAGCAUCUGCUGCCAGGAGCAGAUAAACCGCUCCAUCUACUGGGCCGACGGCUUUGUGUUCGUGUACUCCAUCACGGACUACGAGAGCUACCGCGUGCUGCGCCCGCUGCACCAGCACAUCCGCAGGAUCCACCCCAACGCCAACAUCCCCCUGCUGCUCGUGGCCAACAAGGGCGACCUGCUGCGGGCCAGGCAGGUGUCCUCCAAGGAGGGGCUGCAGCUGGCCGGGGAGCUGGGGGGCACUUACCACGAGGUGUCAGCCCGGGAGAACUGCGAGGGCGUGCACGAGGCCUUCCAGCAGCUGUGCCAGGAGCUCAGCAGGAUCAUCGGCAGCUGCAACGGAGAGAAGCGCCGCGGCCUCCACCUCGUCCGGCCCAAGUCCCCCAACAUGCAGGACCUGAAGAGACGCUUGAAACAGGCCCUGACCUCCAAAGGGAAAUCUGCCACUGCGCUCUGAGGGAGCUACAGCAAUUGUUUUCCCCAGAAAGGCAACAAGCUGUAACAAUUUAGGUUGUGUGAGAGGCUCUUCCACUUGGUCUUCACAUCUUCCUAUCAAGUCUGAACUGGUUCUGCAAAGGAACCUACAGAACUUACUGGGUCUGCAGAGGAACUCACAGAAUUUGCUCUUUGAGACAAGAAUUUGCAAACUGUGAUUUUUUAAAAUAGGUUUUGUUCCCAGUUAUUUCCAUUCUGAAAGGGGCAUAGUCAAAUGGUUUAGUCUUCAAAAGUGGAUUUCAUUAAUAACAGUAAUUAAAUCCUG